CGGCGAGGUUAAGUUGGGUUAAGAUCUCGUCCAUCUCGUCCGAGAGCAUUGCUUCGACGGACGCUGAGCUCCGGGGGCGAUUCUCAUGUUCAAAGCGCGUUGAGUAAAAUUGCAGGCGUGCACAAAGGAACAAUUGUGUCCAGUUCAAUAAACAGAUUCACAAAUGGCGGAGUGCAAGAGCAACUCGGAUGCUGCGGAAGCGGGAAAUGAUACUUCGGAUACCGCGUCUACAACGGCAGGCGGAUCCGCAGGAGGAAGGAAGAUACCGUGUAUCAUUGUAGUCGGAAUGGCUGGCGUUGGAAAGACAUCGUUCGUUUCUAGGCUGGUCUCUAAACUGUACAGCUCAGGAAAGCCAUACGUCAUUAAUUUAGACCCUGCUUGUAGAGAAGUUCCGUACCCCACCCAAAUAGAUAUAAGAGACACCGUAAAUUACAAAGAAGUGGUGAAACAGUACCGCUUGGGCCCGAACGGUGGCAUAGUUACGAGCCUGAACCUCUUCACCACCAAGUUCGACCAGGUUACCAAGCUUAUUGACAAGGCCAGUAAAGAGUGCAAUUACGUGGUCAUUGAUACGCCGGGGCAGAUUGAGGUCUUCACGUGGUCCGCCAGCGGCACGAUUAUAACGCAAGCGUUGGCGUUUCAGUUCCCGACCGUCAUCGUGUACGUGAUGGACACCGUGAGAAGCGUCCACCCUGCUACAUUCAUGUCCAACAUGCUGUACGCUUGCUCCAUACUUUAUAAAACUAAAUUACCCUUCAUCGUGGCCAUGAAUAAGAUCGAUGUCGUCAAGCACGAUUACGCGAUCGAGUGGAUGCGCAACGUGGACGCGUUCCAGGAAGCACUCGACAAGGAACAUGGCAGUUACAUCAACAACCUUGCAGGCUCCAUGGCGCUUGUGUUAGACGAGUUUUAUAAUCAUUUGCAGUGCUGCGGCGUUUCCGCAGUGACGGGUGCUGGAAUCGACGAGUUUCUCAAGCUGGUCGAAGCCGCCGUGCUGGAGUAUGAAACGAGCUACAAAAAAGAUUGGGAAAAACUCAGACUAGAGUGGGAAGCUAAGCAAAAAAGGGCAGAGAAGAAACGAUUGGAAGAGGCUAGUAAAAAAGGAAUGGGAGAAGCUGUACCUUUUCUCACGACAGUUAACAGUGGUCGCGACACUUCGGAAAUCUACCUGAAACACGCAUGCAACGAAUCAAGCGAGGACGAAGACGGGACGGAAAACAAUUUCGAGGUAAAUAAAGAUGAAGAGAAGAAAGAGGAAGAGUCAUUUAGAAGUUUCUUAGACAGACAUAAAAUGGAUCAAGCUAAACGAAGAAGUAAUAAAGAAUCCGAACCUAGUACAAGUAAAGAUUGAUUAUAUACAUAUAUGUAUAUAUGUAUUUUAUGUACUUUUAUAAAUUCUCUGUCAAAUAAAAUAUU